AUGGCGCCCAACGCAAGCAAAUGGCUGUCGAGAGAAGGUUUCACUGCUGAUGUACUGGGAAACUUCAUCUCCCGAAAUCUCCUAGACCCCUGGAAGUUACUCCCUAUUUUUGCUUUGGCCUAUUACACAGCCCAAGGUCGCAAUAUUGCCAAAUCGCGCCCAAAUCUCUACAAAGUCCUCAAAGUCCUAACAGCAACAAGCCUCAUCAAUCGGCUAGGCAACUGGCUCGACCGUCGCAAGCUGAACAACAAUGUCAGCGAUACAUACGAUUGGCACCGCGAAGUUGUAAUCCUGACAGGCGGCAGCAAUGGGAUCGGCCGCCGCAUCGCCGGGCUGCUCGGGGCGCGCGACAUCAAAGUCGCCAUCCUGGACAUUGCCCCUCCAGCAACUGAUGACGUGCUACCAAAUAGUGUGCGGUAUUACGAGUGCGACAUAACCUCUGCAAGCAACAUUGCAGACGUGGCGUCCAAAAUCCGCGCCUCAUUCGGCCGGCCCAGCAUCCUAAUCAACAACGCGGGUAUCUGCACUGGCAAAACAAUCCUUAAAACAACAGCAGUCCAGACCCGUCGCAUGUUCGAAGUCAACACGUUUGCGCACUACUGGCUCGCACAGGAGUUCCUGCCCAAUAUGAUCGAGGCGAACCAUGGUAUGGUUGUUACUGUUGCUUCCCAGGCUGGAUACACUGUCACGCCUAAUAUGGUCGAUUACUCGGCGUCCAAGGCUGCGGCUAUUGCGUUCCAUGAAGGACUUGGUGCUGAGCUUGUUACGCGAUACAAUGCGCCCAAGGUCCGGACGGUGCUUGUUACGCAGGGUUUUACUCGGACCAAUCUUAUUAAGGAUUUGACCCCUGAGGAUACUUGGCUUAAUCCCCUACUUCACCCUGAGACUGUUGCUGAAAAGCUUGUUGAGCAAGUGCUCAAGGCUGAGAGUGGGCAUGUUGUUGUUCCUGCAUCUACUGGGUGGAUUGCAAAGAGAUUCAGGUCGUUGCCCGCGUGGUUACAGCAUUCGUUGAGGUGUAAGUUGGAGAAGUUGAUGAGGGCUGAUUAG